CACUGGGUCCUUUCCCCUAUAUGAUUUUUGUUGCCUUACUUCAGCUCUGCCGUAUGACUUUCGAUACUUCACUUCUGGUUUGCCGUCCUUCCGACACGCCAUAGCUUCACUGCAAAGUCUCCUGUAUACACAUAAGAGCUAAUUUUACUUUGCAACUCAUUCUAAACUGAUGGAUACGCAUGGGGAAGACAUUCUGGGCAUUCAUAGGCGUGUUAUGGGCUCCCUGGAUAAACUCCACCUUCUCAAGAACGGUAAAAGCUUCAAAUUCCAUGUGCAGCAAUGUCAAAAUUUGUGCAAUUAUAUACUCGAUAAACUCUCCCCCUACAUUGACAAGAAUGAGGAAUACCUGGUUGGCAAUGUUUGGACGGAAAGUGUGCAAAAGGCUUGGAAGGAGAUAUAUCGUGCCCUGAAAGAAGCAGAAACAUACCUCAAUCACUGCUCAACCGACACCUCCUUCAUUGAAUGUUUUAUUAUGUCUAACACAGGUGAGGCCUUCGCCCUACACAUGCACGAUCUUGCUUGGUCUCUUCUUUGCUUAGAUUUAACUCUUCUGUGCCCGAUCGAUGCAUGGAAUGAUAGGAUCAAUCUUAAAAAAUUCCGCAAGAGAAUCAGUGUUUUCUUUGCAGAAAUGUUUGUUUUACAUUUAGAACAAUUUGGCUUUAAGUUUCAAGACUACUGGCACCUACUCAUGGCUUGUAAUCAAACGGCUGCCAAGGCUUGGAGUUUUAAAAAAAAUUAAAAAAUUAGGGUUUUACAAUUCAUGGAGAGAAAGAUGUUAGAAACCAUCAGGAAUGAGUGUAAAAUUAAAUCUGCAACUGGUAUAAGUACGUGGCUGCAGAUCCCUCCCAAAGAUCUAAUAAAAAAGAAAAGUAUAGGAGAGGGAUCUUUUGGGCAAGUGUACGAGGGGUCAUGGCUGGGGUAUAGGGUUGCCAUAAAGGACAUUCCAAUUGAUGCUCGUGAUCUGUUUGACACGGAGACUAAAGUUCUUGCCAAGCUAGAGAGCCCUUUCAUUGUCCAGAUGAUAGGCACAUGUAUUGAGGGAAGCCAUUGCUAUAUUGUUAUGGAAUUGGUCGGAUCCAGCUUGGACAAAUUACUUAGGAAUUCUGGAGACAGGGCAACCCUGGCGCUCCCUGUUGCAGUGGAUAUGAUGCUUCAAAUAUCGAGGGGAAUGGAAUACCUUCACCGCCAUGGGAUCAGGGCGCCUGAAGCUUUUCCCAUCCCACAUUUACCGCUCCAAGCAAUUGAUAAUUUAGAGGAGUAUACCCAUAAAGCAGAUGUAUACAGCUUUGCCAUGACUUGUUAUGAGAUUCUGACGGGGGAGCAACCUUUCCUUGGUGUACUUCCCAAAGAUUUGUACCCAAUGAUUGUGGGAGGUGAAAGACCGACUUUGCGGCAGACCUCAUGUCCAGCCGUGUUAGCUGAUCAUAUUGCAACGUGUUGGGAAACAUAUCCAAUGAAUCGUCCUUGCUUUGCACAAGUUUCCACUUUUAUGAGGAAGAUGAAGUCAUUCAUACUGGGAUGGAACAAUCCUGGUAAAGUCCUCUUAGAACCUGUGAGAUCCGAGGAAGAAGCAUUUGAUGAAAUUCCUACAGUCCGGAAACUGAUGUCGAUCACUAAGGUUCUCCACAUCGUUCCCCCUAAGAUAAUAAGAAGAUACGAUUUAAAUUUGGCUGGGCUAACGCCUCCAGAGGAGUCGAACGCACAAGGAGGUCACUUCACUCCUGUGUUCCAGAACAUGAAGGAUGUUCUUCUUCCAUCCAGUGUGGUAGUCGUGGAAAAGGACAGCCUCCACUAUCUUCUAAACACUGAAAAUGGAUUCCUGACGUGGGAUUGGCGGAUGAAGAUAGCUUUCGAUGUGGCUUCGGGCUUGGCGUUUCUUCACGACUCAGGUUUGAUACAUGGCAAUGUAAACUCCUCCAACGUACUUCUGCCGGACGAGAUAAACAGAAGAACCCGCCUAGCAGAUUCUUGUUCGGCGGGUCUUGUGAAAAACUCAGAUUCUGGUAUGGCGGAUCUUGAUAAAUACUCAAGUGGAUCCUGGGGAUACAUGGCACCGAAGCAGUUUUAUAGCAGAAAAUUUUCUAAAAAAUCGGACGUGUAUAGUUUUGGAGUGCUACUCCUUGAACUUCUCACCGGUAAGGACCCUAUCAAGGCUAGCACACAUCUUCCCAAGUUGAUUUUCUCCAUUGACGAUGAAAGGUGGGCGAUGGAAAUGUUGGAUAAGAGGCUGGGGAGUUAUAUGGACAUCCCAAACGUGUUGGCAAUGUAUAGUAUAGCAAAGCAAUGUACUUCUCUCCAUGAAUAUAGCCGUCCUAGGAUGUUUGAAGUUGUCAUAAUGAUUGCAAAUUCGUCGAAGGUGUCAGAAGAGAGCACGACGAAUGUGACAUUUGAUAAGAACUGGGCAUCGUUGGAGAAUGAAAUCCCAUUCACCGAUGAGGACAUUGACAUAUUAUUUGACACAGAGCAACUGCAAUUUGAAGAGUCACUUGACAGAGAGCAACAAUAUAGCCGUCCUAGGAUGUUUGAAGUUGUCAUAAUGAUUGCAAAUUCGUCGAAGGUGUCAGAAGAGAGCACGACGAAUGUGACAUUUGAUAAGAACUGGGCAUCGUUGGAGAAUGAAAUCCCAUUCACCGAUGAGGACAUUGACAUAUUAUUUGACACAGAGCAACUGCAAUUUGAAGAGUCACUUGACAGAGAGCAACUGCAAUUUGAAGAGUCACUUGACAGAGAGCGACUGCAAGAGUUUUCUUUUCAAGAUUUAUAUGAAGAGUCACUUGACAUAGAGCAACCGCAAGAGUAUUCUUUUCAAGAUUUAUAUGAAGAGUCUUAUUUUCAAGAUUUGCAUGAAUAGUCUUUUCUGUCCAGAUCUUAAAACUUUUCUUAUCAAGAAAUUUAUUACUCUGCAACAGCCCAUACAUACUACAUAGACCAUGUGUUGCCCAUGCUCGACAUUGACGACUUUCAAUUCUGGCCGUUUGUGAUUUGAAGUGAAAAAAUGUAGGGUAGAAGCAAACAGCAGUUUUGUUUUCUAAAUUGCAGCAACAGCAGUUUGAUAUUUUCUAUGUAAGAGUAUUUUGAAAAAGACAGCAUCUGGUUCAUUUUUAGUGUCUUUUCUUUGUAAGAGCAGCAGCUCUAUCGUAUUUGAGUGCAGUUUUAUUUGUAAGAGCAAUAGUCUAUAUAGUUUGUAUUGCAUUGAGUAUAUGUAUAAAAAAAAAAUUGAAUGGAAAGAGUUAGACAUAUUUUUAAUUGAA